UAAAAGGAAAAAAAGAUGUGGAAGCUUAAAUUGUCAGAAGGAGACGAUCCAUGUGUUAGAAGUUUGAACAAUCACGUUGGUAGACAAUAUUGGGAAUUCGAUCAGAAUGGUGGAACACUUGAAGAGCGAUCUCAUGUUGAAAAUAUUCGUCAACAUUUUCAUAAGAAUCGGUUUCGUGUUAAACACAGUUCUGAUCUCAUAUUGAGACUUCAGUUUGCAAAGGAGAAGAAAAUUGAUAUGAAGUUGGAAAAUUUAGUGAAAAUAGAGAAUGAAGAAGAAAUAAGUGAAGAGGCAAAAGUGAUGACAACAUUGAGAAAGGCUUUAAGAUUUUACUCAACUAUUCAGGCUGAGGAUGGACAUUGGCCUGCUGAUUAUGGUGGUCCAUUGUUUCUUUUGCCUGGCUUGGUUAUAAGUUUAUUUAUAAUGGGAGCGCUGAAUACAGUUUUAUCAGAAGAGCAUCAAAAGGAAAUACUUCGUUAUUUAUAUAAUCAUCAGAAUAAAGAUGGAGGGUGGGGGUUGCAUAUAGAAGGACAUAGCACCAUGUUUUGCACUGCUCUCAACUAUGUGACAUUAAGACUGCUUGGAGAAGAUGUAAAUAAUGAAGGCAUGGAGAAAGCUAGAAAAUGGAUAAUUGAGCAUGGUGGUGUCACUUAUAUUCCUUCCUGGGGAAAGUUCUGGCUCUCUGUAAGUAUGGGGCUGCUUUUAUUAAGGGUGUGUUUGACAGCACUCAUGCUAUCUCAGAUGCCAAUAGACAUUGUUGGAGAAGCAAUAGCACCUCAUAAGCUAUGUGAUGCUGUUGAUUUGCUACUUUCUCUUCAGAAUAGCAAUGGUGGAUUUGCUUCGUAUGAGCUAACAAGAUCUUAUGCAUGGCUUGAGAUGAUUAAUCCAUCGGAAACAUUUGGGGAUAUCACUAUUGAUUACCAGUAUGUAGAAUGUACUUCGGCAGUAAUUCAAGCUCUUCAAUCCUUCAAGAAACACUACCCCAAAUAUCGAGAGAAAGAAAUAGGAGCAUGUAUUAGCAAAGCUCUCUGUUUCAUUCAAAGUAUUCAACUUCCUGAUGGUUCAUGGUAUGGCUCGUGGGGAGUUUGCUAUACCUAUGGAACAUGGUUUGGAAUAAGUGGGCUGGUUGCUGGUGGCAAGACUCAUAAAAACUGCAAAAGCAUCAGAAAAGCUUGUCAUUUCCUAUUAUCCAAACAACUUCAACCUUCUGGUGGUUGGGGAGAAAGCUAUCUAUCAUCUCAACACAAGGUUUAUACGAACAUUGAAGGGAAUAAACCGCACAAUGUCAACACCGCAUGGGCCAUGUUGGCUCUUAUUGAAGCUGGCCAGGGCAAAAGAGAUCCUACUCCACUCAAACGAGCUGCUAAAGUGCUCAUAAAUUCUCAAAUGGAAAAUGGAGAUUUUCCACAACAGGAAAUAAUAGGAGUAUUCAACAGGAACUGUAUGAUAAGCUACUCAGCCUACAGAAACAUUUUCCCCAUAUGGGCACUUGGAGCUUAUCUCAAUCAAGUAUUAUUACCUUCAAAAGAGCAUCAUGAAUAGCCUGUUACACUUGAAAUUACCCCUCAAACCAAGAGUUUCCACAGUAUUGUACAGAUGUAAUGCACACUUCCUUUAGUUUUAUGUCAAACAAUUUAAGGCUUGUAUAUCUUCCCUUUCCUGAUUGCCACGUGUAACCGAAUAAUGAUUAUUAGUGCCUAUUUAGGCGUGUGUAUAUAUGAAAACAUAUGUUAUAUGA